UCAUAUGAUAUAUACCUUUCAUCAAAAUAGACGACAAUCAUGUAAUGGACCACACUGCCUGAGUUUGAAUCAUUGAUCUGACGGCCCCAAAUUCAUCUCCUGUCGCAGUAAAAACCCUAACCAGUAUAAGUGUUUGUGAUCGACUGAAACAGUUUUUUACCCUACCUUCCUCAAACCUCUUACACAGAGAAAGCUCUAGAGAGAGAUGUCCGACGAGGAGCAUCACUUCGAGUCCAAGGCCGACGCUGGGGCUUCCAAGACUUAUCCACAGCAGGCUGGAACAAUUCGCAAGAACGGAUACAUCGUCAUCAAGAACAGACCUUGCAAGGUUGUGGAGGUCUCUACCUCAAAAACAGGCAAGCAUGGACAUGCAAAGUGCCACUUUGUUGGAAUUGAUAUAUUUAACGGAAAGAAACUUGAAGAUAUUGUUCCUUCAUCUCAUAACUGCGAUGUUCCCCAUGUUACUCGUACUGACUAUCAGCUGAUUGAUAUCUCUGAAGAUGGUUUUGUGAGUCUCUUGACUGAAAAUGGAAAUACCAAAGAUGACUUGAGGCUUCCCACUGAUGACAAUUUGCUUACCCAGAUUAAGGAUGGGUUUGCAGAAGGAAAGGACCUCGUUGUGACAGUCCAGUCUUCAAUGGGAGAAGAGCAGAUCUGUGCCCUCAAGGACAUUGGUCCUAAAAAUUAAAUAUUUGGCCUUGGCUAUAGGCAAAACUAGUUUUAUGUAGAAAUUUUAUUUGGUGUGCAACAAACUUGUUGUAAGAUGGGUCUUUUGUGAAUGUAAUCAAGACUUAUUCUCAGGUUUGUGUGAGGGAAAGGAUGGCUUCUUUGGAAGGACGCUGCCGGAGUAUGAAAUUUAUAUAGGUUGUACUGAUUUAGUAGUAUGUCGGUCAUUUUUUUUUUUUUUUUUUCCUUGUACUGUAUUAUAUUUUUCGGAAAGUCUAGGACACGACAUGGUCACUUGAGCGACU